GCUUCGCCCGCUCCUUCAUCUGAAUGGGAAGUUGGGGAACAUGGACGGGGUCGUGCUGGCGUGGAUCGCUCUCUUCUGGCUAACAGAUGCAGACCUUCAAAUCGGAAAACUCAUGUGGGGAGACAGCGGACUCUAUUACUGUAUUAUCACCACCCCUGAUGACCUGGAAGGCAAAAACGAGGACUUGGCGGAACUGCUGGUGCUGGGCAGGACAGGGCUGCUUGCUGAUCUCUUGCCCAGUUUUGCUGUGGAGAUUAUGCCAGAGUGGGUGUUUGUUGGCCUGGUGAUGCUGGGAGUCUUCCUCUUCUUCGUCCUGGUGGGGAUCUGCUGGUGCCAGUGCUGCCCGCACAGUUGCUGCUGCUACAUCCGCUGCCCGUGUUGCCCAGAUUCCUGCUGCUGCCCGCAGGCCUUGUAUGAAGCAGGGAAAGCAGCAAAGGCCGGGUACCCUCCCUCUGUCUCCGGUGUCCCCGGCCCCUACUCCAUCCCCUCUGUCCCCUUGGGAGGAGCCCCCUCAUCUGGCGUGCUGAUGGACAAGCCGCAUCCGCCUCCCCUGGCACCAAGUGACUCCACUGGAGGAAGCCACAGUGUUCGCAAAGGUUACCGGAUUCAAGCCGACAAAGAGAGAGACUCCAUGAAAGUCCUGUACUACGUCGAGAAAGAACUGGCUCAGUUUGAUCCAGCCAGAAGGAUGAGAGGCAGAUAUAACAACACCAUCUCUGAACUCAGCUCCCUGCAUGAGGAGGACAGCAAUUUCCGCCAGGCCUACCACCAGAUGAGAAGCAAGCAGUUCCCCGUGUCCGGGGACUUGGAGAGCAAUCCUGACUACUGGUCAGGUGUCAUGGGAGGCAGCAGUGGGGCAAGCCGGGGGCCCUCAGCCAUGGAGUACAACAAGGAAGAUCGGGAGAGCUACAGCCAGCAGCGCUCCAAGUCCGAGAUGCUGUCCCGGAAGAACUUCGCCGCCGGCGUGCCCGCCGUCUCCAUGGACGAACUGGCCGCCUUCGCCGACUCCUACGGUGCGCGCUCCCGCCGGGCCGACGGCGACAGCCACGAGACACGGGGCGGGGGCCGCUUCGAGCGCUCGGACGCGCGCGCGCUCGCGGGCUUCUACCAGGACGGCUCGCCCGACGAGUACUACGGCCCGCGGAGCCGCAGCCGGGAGCCCCUGCGACGCGGGCCG